UCGACUUGAUGAAUCAUGUCAGCUAUGUUACAACUAAGUUACACAGCUAAGAAACUCGCACUCAAGAUGAGCUGUAUGUCGCAGUGCGCCAAGUACUUUCUCUGCUUCUUCAACUUCGUAUUCUUCAUCGCCGGAGGAGCGGCGUUGACUGUUGGCAUCUGGCUCUUUAUUGACAGCAACUCCUUUACCAACCUCAUCGGCAAGCUCGAUCAGUCCGAUAUCUUGAAUAAAACGGAUGCCGAUGUCAUCAGGAUGAUCGCCUACAUUCUCAUCGCGGCCGGCGCUCUGACGUUCAUCGUCAGCUUCCUCGGAUAUUGCGGCGCGAUGUUCGAGUCCCGGUGUCUUCUAUGCGUCUACGGCAUUCUAAUCUUGCUGGUUUUAGUCCUGGAAUGUGUGGUGGUUGGCCUCGCUUUCGGACUCAAAGGAGACGCCGAAAAAGGUACGCAGAGUUUCUUGAAGUCGACCAUCAAGUAUUACGCGACCACCGCUGAUAAGGCCGAGACGGUGACAGUUGCGUGGGACGGUAUCAUGAGCCAGCUUCACUGUUGCGGCGUGGAAAGCUACCUGGACUUCCGUGACAACAAGAAUUGGACUUUGACCGGAAAAACUGUGCCCGAGGCCUGCUGUAUAAAGGAGAACGACGCUCUGAAAGAUCCCUCGUGUCCGAUUAGCCCUACCGCGGCCAACUCGUACUAUCAAACGGGUUGCUACAAAGCCAUGGUGACCGCUAUCGAGGAAAACGCGGCGAUAGUGAUCGGUGUGGCCGCUGCCCUGGUCUUCAUCGAGAUCUUGGUCAUCAUUCUGGCGCUGUACCUAGCCUGCUGCUACUGGCGUCCACAACAUGUGUUAACUUGUUGGUGCUGCUGUUGACGAGGCAUUAAGAGCAUGGAACUGUUGAGUAGUGCCUCCUAGCACGUUGAGCCCUUAGCGCUCCUGUGCCUUGCUUGCUUGAAACUCUAGCUGCUAGCCCAAGCCUAGGCUAGCCGAGAAGUCGGCCGACAGAAACAAAUUCCGACGCUUGAGUUAACGAAACGUUUCUCGGGGGAGAUGCACUUGGCAGUGACGUGGGGGAUAUGAUUAAGCGCAGCGUGUCGCGUUGCGUUCUUUCCCUUCUAAAAGAAAACUACCGGAUUUCGGACCAUCAUUCUCACGUAUGUCAACAAAUUAUAUAUAUAGAAUGUGCUAUAUACGAUAAAUAUAGUAUGGCAAAAUAUGCGAUAUCAUAUUCGACACGAAUCUUAUAUAUAUAUAUAUUGUUCUUACGAAGUAUCCCAAUGUCACUGCGAAUUGACAACGUUUCGUGGUUUCGCUAAAUGUUUAUAUCAUGGAGGUACAAGCGUUUAAAAUAAGGCAGAAAGUUGGGAUAUCGUAUGCGAAGAGUGCAUUGCAGUUUAAUAUUUUUUUUUCUUCUUUCUUCCUUUUCUAAUCUUUCGUCUCUCGUCCGCAAGUUAAUGCGAGUAAAUGUCGAUAAUGAACAUAGUAGGUGUACAUACGAUGAUAUUAGAUAUUUUCAUAAAACAUAUUUUAGAUGCUUGUAUCAUAACUCGGAAUACUCACGCGAUGUUUCGUCCAUUCCAGAAUGGAAAUGUUUAACGACAAGAAUCCGCUGUACUUUUCGCCAUAUCUUUUUCGCUGUUUUAUUACCGCGUUCGAAUUUUUUCGACAUUUUUGUGAAAGUCUCUUUAUACGUACAGAGUUGCUGAAUCGUAACGACUUUACGUAAGAUCGAUUUUAGUGGCAUUUUUCGAGGAAUGUACGCGUUAAGUACGCCAACGAGCUGAUUGCAUCAGCGAUUACAAAACUGUAUAUUUUUCUGCGAGAAAAUAUUUCGUUUCAAGUGUUAUCGGCGAGAAAGAUGAACAGAAAAGGUACACAGGAUGAAAUCCUGUAACUUGAAUCUCAUAUUAUACAGUAUGAUUUUUGACUUCGUCCUGAUAUAUGCUUCUAGCCUUGUAUUCUCUUUAUGUACCUGGUUAAAAAUCGUCGAUUAUAAUCGUCAGAUGUAGAUAUCUGAGAAAUAUAUAUGGAAAAAAAGAAAAAAAAAAAGAAAACGGCGCGUCACUGCUGAUAGCAUAGAUCGGGAGGAGCAUUUUUUACAUAUACAUACAUUUUGAGUAUAUCACGAAGUCGAGAGCUGUUAAGCAUUUAUAUUGAAAGUUAAUUCUUGUUUUCUUUAUCUUUGUUCUGUCGAUUGCCGUGUAUGAUGAAAAUGUGCUGCACAUCACUCUGUUCCUAAUAGAGGAAUAGCAAUCAAACCUCCUUUUACCUCUGACAUGAGCAUUGAACUUAAAAAUAUGUAUAGAUCAAAAGAAUAUUUUAUCAUACAUACUUACGAAUCGUCUCAUGCAAUAUAUAAUUAAAUAUAAUUCGAGCUAUAUAAAUUAUGCGUCAGCGAGCGCAUAAGCACAAUAUAUAAAUCGGACAGACAGAUUGGAGGAUUGAAAUAUUCUCAUUGAAUCGUUAGCUGAUAGUUUAUGAUUAUUAUGUAUAGUAAAAUGCUUGUGUUUUCACAAUGUGCAGUUUAAUUUAGAAAUCAAGAACACGUUUUUUGCAUGCAAUGUGCACCACAAAUAUUUAUAUUUAUUUCUGAACGUUCGCAUAGUAAUGUCCGUCAAGUCCGUAUCUUAAAAUAAUGUAAAGGUUCUUUUUAUUGCAAUCCGAUCCCUGCGUGAAACAGAGAGGUGUCUUUUCUAAGUUACUUCCCGCUUGGUGCAAGAGAGAAUGAUUUAAAACGUCAAAAUGCCUUUUGUUGAUUGAAAACAAUGUAGAGGAUGCAUCAACCCAUAUUUGUGUUUGGUAAUUAAUGCAGUAUUUUGGUUAAAAGGGAUAAAUUGCAAUACAGAUAACCUGAUUCUAAUAAUACUGUCUAAUAUAUAGUUCCAUAAUAUUGAAUGUAUAAAUUUCAGAAAAGCUGUUUAAAAAUCAAGAUAAAAUAUCAGUGUAAAAAAUAUGGAGCCUAAAAGGCGUCAGCUUAGAAAUCUCAUGUAGAAUUUGUGGAAAUUGAAUCAAGAUUAAUGUGACAGAUUGAUGUGUUUAACUCUGGAUAAAAUUGCGAUAAAAUAACGAAUAAAAACUGUAGUCGUAUAUGCUAUGAUAUUAUAAUAGUUUCGCGUAUAAAAUGAAUAUAUAAUAACAACAUCUAUAUUAUACAAGUAUCUUUUUACUAAAGAUACGAAUAAGCUAUUGCAAAAAAAAAAAAAAAUUAUUUUUGAAAGAUUAUGCGAGAUGUUAAAAU